UAAUAUUCGACGAAGUUUUAAUGGAAUAUGCUUCGAUAUCAAAUGCUUUUGUCGUCAUCCCCCCUCCUCCGACCAUCCUCUCUCCUCCUUCGUCUUCCGUCGAGCCUUCGCAGAGGAGGCUUCUUUCCCGUUUUCUUCCAAUCUGGAGGCGUUUACUUUGGAUUACUACUCAAGUUUGUUGGGUUCGAUAUCGUCGCUGGUUAAUGCUCUCGAUUUUGCCGGGUUUGGGCCUAGCUUUGCAGAUAGAGUUAUCUGCUGAAUUGAGUAGGAUUUGAAAAGAUGAAUGCCGUGGGGAAGCUUGGAAGCUACAUCAGCCGAGGCGUCUACACUGUCUCCGGUCCUUUCCACCCGUUUGGCGGGGCUGUCGACAUUAUUGUGGUCCAGCAGCCGGAUGGGAGCUUCAAAUCCUCUCCGUGGUACAUUCGGUUUGGAAAAUUCCAAGGAGUCUUGAAAACGAAGGAAAAGAUCGUCAUCAUUUCUGUCAAUGGAGUGGAAGCUGGAUUCCACAUGCACUUGGAUCACAAGGGUGAAGCCCACUUCCUGAAGGACCCUGACACCGAAGAAGGGCAGGAUGCCAUUUUGCCGCAAGCUUCAGGAGGUGAGAGGGAGGAGAGAUUGGGGGACACUGUAGAAGGGGAGGUUGCCAUUUUGCCACAAACUUCAGGCAGUGAGAGGGAGGAAGGAUUGAGGGUGACCGAAGGAGGGGAAGUUGUGAUUUCAACACAAUCUUCAGGUUGCGAGAGGGAGGAAAUAUUGGGGGAUGCUCAGUUUACGAAUACUCAAAGCUGUAAGUAUGAUGGAGACAGGAGGGAUUCGGUUUCUUCUAAUUGUGCUCAAAAUGUGAAGAUUCUUACCAGGACGACUUCACGUAGGUCUGGGAUUCUUGGGCUUUUGUUUGGCCGAAGAUCUAUGAAAGAAAAUGCGCUGAAUGGGGGUGUUGAUCGAGUGAAUUCGUUGGAGCGAGCAGAAAUUGCUGCUGACCUUUUAGAAUUGAAGUGGUCAACCAAUCUCCUGGACAGUAAUGGUUCUCGGAAGAAGCCUACUGAGAAGAAAGAUUUUUUUCCGAAGAAGUCAGCUGGUGAGAAAGAAGGAAAUCAACAACUAUAUCCUUAUGAUGUUGAGCAGGAUUGUGAUGGGAAGGCGAAUUACUCUGUUGGAGGUUUAGUUGAUAAUUUUGGAACAAGCAUUGUUGAAAGAGAGCAUUUUGAAGAAAGAACCAGUUGUCAUUCAAUGCAUGUAACAGAAGAAGAAAUGGCCAUUGAAAUGAGCUAUAGAAAGGAGCAAACCACAUUACGAACUGUUUCUAUUAAUCAGAUACCACAGGAAUCAACUAAGAACUACCCUGAUAGUUUAUGCACCAGAUUUAGCACUUGUAAUCACGAUUCACGUCAUAAUCCUGAUAGAAGUUUGGCAACAGACGUGCUUUUUGAAGAAAAAAGUACUUCUGCUUCUGGGUUAAGUAGCCAUGUGGAGGCUGCAGAGCUUUACACUGUGGAAACAGUUGGUUCAGCUGAGAGUAACGAAUCAACCUCAAACAUGUUGGAUGUAGAAGGCUGUGAAGUAAAUGUUUUAUCAAAGAAUCCAAAGCUUGGGUAUGCUAGUUUUGAUGUUCAAAGUUCUGAUGCUCCUGCAAUUUCUCAUGAUACGUUACAGGAAUUGAAUGACACUUUUGAGGCUUCAGCAUUUAGUGUAUCCUCUAAUGGAAGUGGAGAACAGGAAGGCACAUGCUGUAAUGCUUUUGAAAACUCGCCUGUUAGUUAUGACAUUUCCUCCAAACAAACUUCUAGAACACCCCACCUGAGUAUUUCUCCCAUUUCUUGUGCGGGCCAUGAAUUAAAAGAGGAUUCUGAAGUUCUGGAUAAUGUAAGUUCUGUAUGCCUCAAAAAAAGCUUUGAGUUGGCUGAUUCAGUUUCUAUUGAUGCUCAGACCGAGGCUUUGGUUAGUGGAGCAUUUCUAAGUGGGGACGGGGAAGUUCCUACUGAAUUUCACUCUCACGGAAAUGCAGGUUCAUUUAAUUCUGACUCUGGAACUAGCUGCCAGGAUGUGGUUAUUUUGAAACACAAUCAACCGAUAGACAAAAAUACAUUUAACUGUAGUUUUCCUGAUGCUCAGGAGAAAGACAUAUGCUUGCAUCCUUGCUCCAAUGGUUUGCUGUUGUCUGACCAGAAAACUUGCUCUGAUGGUGAAUCUAAGCCGUAUUGCAUUGUUAAUUUUCAUGAUUAUCUUAAUGAGUCUUCUCAAAUUAACAAAAUGAGCUUUGAAACUAAUGGAGUGAAAAGCUCUUGUUUGUCCGAUAUGCUCAACAGUUUUCAAGAUUCUGAUGCCAGUUCUAGAGCAAUAGCAGUGGAAGACAAAGUAAAAUCAUCUGACAGCUCGGAGGAAGAGCAGUUUCUAUUUAGUGAUUUAGAUAGUUUUGUUCUCAACGAAAACAAGGACGGGGUAUCAUUCAGAGCCGUUGAUGAAAAGGAUAACCCACACCUUCUCUAUGCUGAAUGUGAAGUUGUAGAGGGGCAAACUUUGAAAGAUGUAAGCAAUAAAGAAUUAUCUGAAGGUUUAAUAGAUGAGUCGGUAAUUCAAACUAGUCCCAUGACAAUUCCCAAGAAUAAAUCUUCUCCGAAAGAUUCUUUAAUUUCUUCAAUAUCAUUGCCUGCUAUUCGUUCCUCCAUUCAUGAUCCUGAAAGAUCCAAUAAACAACAGCCGUUGAGCAGCUCAUUAAAUGCAAUCUUUGAGAAAACCAAGGGUGAUUUAUCGAGUUUGAAGUGUUCAAGCUCCUUAGACAUGGAAUAUGGUUAUCAAAAUAAGGUGGUGCAAGACUACUGCUCGUAUGAAGCUGUUGCCUCAGCAUUAGAUUCGAAAAAUGACCAUGCACUAAAGAGCAUUGCAAUCCAUCCUGUUGUGGAGCUAUCUCUUUGUCGCCACUUGCUAUAUGAAGGAAUGGGAUUGGGUGUAGCUUCUCAAGCAUUCGAAUCCGAAAAGGUUACCAGGGAGAAAUUUCAUUCUUUGGGCCCGGCACUACUAAAGAAUGAUAAACUAGUAGCUAGAAUAGGUGGCCAUUAUCUUCCAUGGAAUUCAGCUGCCCCCAUUGUUUUGCAAAUUAUGUUUGGCCAGGAACCUAUAUUUGAAACUCAAGAUGUGAUUUUGGCUGAAUGUGUAAAGAAAAAUGGCGAGGAGGACGCAUCUUUAACGAGCGUUUUAUCUGAGGGGAGCUGGAACCUUUGGCCAUUUGGUUUCAGGAGAUCAAAAUCCAUAAAAUUUGUGCAGUCAAACCAUGAUUACAUCAAUCAAGUGAAGCCUGUUGCUGCUUCCAUGACCAUGAAAAGCCUGAACGGAGACAAUGAUAUCGCUCAGAAAUCCAAGAAUAUUAAGAAGAAAGUCCGAUGGCUCACUCCAAGUUCUGAAGAGCUUACUUCCUUGAAUCUUAAAGAAGGACCAAAUAUAGUCACCUUUAGCUUCUCAACUGCAAUGCUUGGACGACAGCAGGUCGAUGCUAGGAUCUACCUAUGGAAAUGGAAUACUCAAAUAGUUAUCUCAGAUGUUGAUGGAACUAUUACUAGAUCGGAUGUUCUUGGGCAGUUCAUGCCUCUUGUCGGUGUAGAUUGGUCACAGACUGGUGUUGCACAUUUAUUUUCUGCUAUUAAGGAAAAUGGCUAUCAAUUGCUUUUUCUCAGUGCUCGAGCUAUUUCUCAGGCUUAUUCAACGAGGCAGUUCCUUUUCAAUCUUAAACAGGAUGGGAAAGAGCUUCCGCAUGGUCCAGUCGUCAUAUCCCCUGAUGGUCUCUUCCCUUCACUUUAUAGAGAAGUUAUCCGAAGGGCUCCUCAUGAGUUCAAGAUUUCAUGUCUUGAGGCUAUCAAGGCAUUAUUUCCGAUAGACUGCAACCCCUUCUAUGCUGGUUUUGGAAAUAGAGACACUGACGAGUUUAGCUAUCUGAAAGUUGGAAUUCCUCGGGGAAAGAUUUUCAUCAUUAAUCCUAAGGGUGAAGUUGCAGUGAAUCGCAGAGUUGACACAAAAUCAUAUACUUCACUUCAUGCUCUUGUAAAUGACAUGUUUCCGCCUAUGUCCUCAAGGGAACAGGAGGAUUUUAAUUCGUGGAACUUCUGGAAAUUGCCUCUCCCGGAGAUUGCUAUUUGAGCUUCUGGUUAACCUGGGGACCAGUCAGAAAAUGUGGAACCAUUGUGAUGAACAUGCAAAAACACAAUAUGGACUUUUCCAAGGGAUUACAUCCCCGAGCUGAAGUGGAGAAGAAAUGAUGCACUUGCCUUGGCCAUGAUUAGCAAACAGAGCCAAAUGUGGUUGCAGUUUCGGUUCUAUGUUAACGGCUUGUUGCUUGUCACGGUUAUCAACCGGUCAUUGUAUAUAUUGAUUAAAUUGACGGAGCAACCAAAUCUCGUUUCCUUUCUUCAUGAAUUUGUAUAGUCCUGUUAAUAGUUCUCCCAUUUUCAUUCUUGGUUAUUAUUAAUAUAUUCCCCAUUCUCUUCAUAAAGAAAGCCUCAAUGCUUAUGUAUAUUUAUUGCACGAACUUGAUUAGAUAAUACAGAGCCUAAUUUUGUAACAAACAUUCUUACGACUGGUCAACUUCAGAAAAUAAACGCAUGGUACAUUUCAUAUUUAUGUUCAAAAUUUUGUA